AUGCCUUCCUCCACUCCCACCGGCGGCGCCUCCGCCACCCCAGAUGCUCUUGAAUCCGACCUCCUCACAAAACUGUCCGCGACGUCUGCCCUCGAGGAUCUCCAAGAGACCCUCCUCGUCUCUCUGCAUCGCGCAGGUUGGACCGAAAAGAUCACCAGUUUGGCCACGGAGCUGCUGCGCGCAGGUCGAUGCCAGACCUUUGACGAUGUACUAGAGGCGGUGGUUGCGUCAGCCGAGGGCCGAACACAUCCGGCGUUGGGAUCAAAGCACGUUGAGAAGAAUGGUGGCCCGACGUCCAAUGGGACAAAGGAAGGCAGGACCAACGGAACGAGAAAGGACAAGGACAAGGACAAGGACAAGGACAAGAAUUCGACGCAUUCGGAUUCGAACAAGUCCAGUGCACCUUACGAUCCAUUCAAGUACAUUGAAGAAGUGGACGUGCGCAUUCCCGAGACCGUGGUGGAUGAAGGCGUGCGCGGUCUCAAGGACAUUCUUCGGGAGAUGGUUGAUCUGGAGGAUGAAAAUACGCCGAAUGGGGAGAAGAAGAAAUGA